AUGGCUACAAGUGCCCCCAUCACAUACCGGAGAUCCGAAGGAGGUGGGGUUAAGGUCAAAAUCGAGAUCAAAGAGCAUGACAAGCAUCACCUACAGCCCUACAGCAUUCAGCAGAUGUCAUUCAGUCAGAUGCUGCAGUUGAUUGCACGCGACUCAUCUGGAGACACACGACUCACUUUGACGAACUUUUCUACCACUACGGAACACCUUGGAUCUCAACUUUUUGCAAACACUGAAAGCCUGGGAGAAUACAUAAUAGAGUGCUCAGUGGGUUCAUCAGGCUCUGAUAUAGAGGGACUGUUGAGCAACUGCGCCGAGAAUAUGGUGACCAGCACAUUGGAGCACCAAAUGGACAUCCAUCCUGCCACUGCGGACGCCUUCAACGAAAAGAAAAAAAAGGCUGAGCGCAAAAAAAUGUUUAUUUUGAAGGAGUUGAUUGAAACAGAAAAGGCCUACGUGCGAGACCUACGGGAAUGCAUUGACAUUUACAUGGCAGAGAUGUUGACCAAGGAGAAAGAGAUCCCUCCAGGACUCGCUAAUUUAGAGCACGUCAUCUUUGGGAACAUUUUGGAGCUUUAUGAAUUCCAUCACAGCAUCUUUCUCAAAGAGCUGGAAAAAUACGAGCACGUCCCUGAAGAUGUCGGAAAGUGCUUUGUCACAUGGGCUGAUAAAUUCCAGUUAUACGUGGAAUACUGCAAGAAUAACGUAGAAUCCACUCGGCUCAUCGUGGAGCAUGCUGUGACCUAUUUUCAUAAAAUUCAGCAGAAGCACGGACUCGCGUACUGUGUCAACUCUUACCUGCUGAAGCCAGUACAGAGAAUUACAAAAUAUCCACUCCUGCUCAAGGAUCUGCUGGAAUGCUGUGAGAAAGGGAAAGCCGAGCUCAAAAAAGCCCUUGAUGUGACUCUUAGCAUUCCCAAGAGAGCAAACGAUGCCAUGCAUCUCUCCGUGCUGGAAGGUUUUGAUGACAGUAUUGAGUCUCAAGGAGAACUGCUCCUACAAGACUCCGUCAAGGUGUGGGAUUCAAAGAUCCCAUUCAAGAUGGGGAAAAAAAGACAACUCUUCCUCUUGAAGAAGUCCUUGGUGCUCUGUAAGGUAGUCAAGGACGACAAGGGGAAGAGCAGGUACUUAUAUAAGAGAAAACUCAAUGUAGCCGAGAUAAAGCUUACAGAGCACCUGAAAGGAGACCCCUGCAAGUUAGCUUUUUCCUUGGGCCGAACCUGGACAUCGAGCAAGAUUGUUCUGAAGGCUUCUACUCGCGAGACCAAGAUGGAAUGGAUCAAACAAAUCCGGAAGCUGAUCCAGGAGCACACCAUCCACCUGGGGGAGGCACUCAAGGAGCCAAGGCUUAUCCCCAAAACUAAUGCAGACAAGCUCCACAAGAGUCGGAGGAAUGAAAAACAUCAUGAAGGUGAAAGCAGUGAAAUAGAGUGGCCAGUCGCAAAAAUUGAGCCCUGCUGCAUUGGAGGACCCUGGCUAUUACCCGGAUCAAAGGAAAGAGGGGUUCUUAAAGUAUGAAAUGCUAAUAGUAUGACAUACAAAUAGGGACUUACAUAAACUUGACAAGAUUCUGUAAAAAGACACCAAAGAAAACAGAUUUGGACCAUUCAAAAAGUCAAGUUUUAGAUAAUAUAUGUAUAUACUGUAUAUAAUUUGUGUUGUUUUUGUUCAUUUUUUCAAAAAAAUAUUUCUUGUAUAUAGUUGGAUAAAAAAUAUAUUUUACAA